AUGCCACGACGUCGGAAAUCAGAUCUUCCUUCGGUGAAACGACGAACCCGAACUGGCUGUCAAACGUGCCGGCAACGCAAGAUCAAAUGCGACGAAGAUAAGCCCACUUGUGGCCAAUGCCGACUCAAAUGCCUCCCCUGCGUGACGGCUGUGUCAUUGAAAUGGGAGGAGGAAUAUCAAGUGAAAGGUCUAGCCUUUGGUCGGGCUAGGGCAUGGACAAAGGACCCCGUCAAAGGUGCCUCGCCCAUAUCGAGUUCACCGGCUUCCGACGACAUCGCAACAUGGUGCCAUGUGCCCCAUGUCUAUGCCUACAGCUUCGUCAAUGCCACUGUGGGUGCCCUUCAAGAAUUCACGACCCUGGACUACGAUGCACAAUCUAGUCUUGUCAGUAUAGACCAGGGCGGAACGCCGCCCGGCACCGAAGGCAACGUCGAUGACGCCUCCAAAGCAGCAUCUCUAUCCUCAUGGCUUUCGAAAUCCAGACUCGUCCGGAGUCAACAACAGUCACAAAUUCUCCCUAGCCUUGGUUUACUUCCACAGUUACGCAAUCCCGACGCAUCCCUUCUUCUGUCUUACUACCUGGAACAUAUUUGUCCUAUGACGAUGCCCACACGCGUCUCCACGUCCCCAUUUGCGACUUUGCUGGUGCCAUUCUCCAUCACGACAUCAUCUCUGGCCCUGGACGCGUUGCUGGCUCUUGCUGCGUGUCAUCGCUCUAGGAGCAACCCGGCCUACACGGCGAUGGGUUUACAGCUUUCAGAUAGAGCGCUCAGGAAUCUUCGAAGCAAGCUUAGCCACGAUGAUCCACGAGAGGUUGCAAACAGCUCCGAGACUCUCGUUGUCAUGAUGUUGCUAUGCCUGUUUGAGAUUGUCAAGGAAUGCGACAAACGCUGGGUGGUCCACCUCAAGGGAGCGCGAGAUCUCAUUCGUAUCCGACGAAACACGGCAGGAGCAAGCAAUCAGAGACAACCAGCUGACAGUCUAGUGUUAUUCUGCCAACGUUUCUUUGCUUAUCAUGAUGUUAUUGGACGCACGGCUUGUGGUGAGGACACCAUUUUUGAGACCGACUUCUGGACCAGCAGUGCCAAAGAGUGCGACGCAUGGCUAGGCUGUUCCCCAGAGUUGGUGUCUAUCCUGAGUGAAACCAACGAGCUGAGCCGCCGACGAAGAGCCAACCCAGCUAUCGCAUCACUGGACCAUUUCAAAUCGGCAGCAGCCUUGUUGGGGCAAAGGUUGGCUAGCCUCGAACAAAAGGUUUGGAAUUUGGAGGAUACAAUCCUGGCUACUUCAGCCGAACUUAAGAGGCUGGCAGCGGAGCUCUACCUGCACUGUGCUCUCUAUGGAGCGACACCCUCGACACCAUACGUGACCGAACAUAUCGGUCGCAUUCUUCCCCUUGUAUCCCGGCUGUUGGCGCACCAGGUGGUUGCCGGUCUCAGCUGGCCUCUGUUUGUGGCCGCGGUGGAACUCGAUCCUCAUCAGGACGUGUUGUGGUUCCCAGAAGAAGGGGGAAUGGCGGAGAACGCUCGGCCUUUUGUGCUCUACGCUCUCCACCAGCUCUCUGGCUCGAUGGUGAACGUCUCACGCACAAGAUCCGUGAUUGAGAAGGUGUGGCAAGCACGAGAGCUACACGACUGGGCUCAAACACCCGCCGAGGAAGGGCAAAAUGACUGGGAGCAAUUUGUCGCGCCACUCUGCGGCAAUAUGUCGCUUGGUUGA